AUGGCUUCAGUCCUCAGAUCAUUCAAGGCUAUCUCCCCAGCUCUCAGACGACCCAUCGUCGCUCAACAACCCCUCCGAGCUUUCUCAGUCUCAGUCAACAGAUCGGCUGGACAUGGUCCCCCUCAAUUGCUUGGUCCCGGAGCGAAAGCAGGAGAAGUCCCUACUGAUGAAGCUCAAUCUACCGGUAUUGAGCGAUUCGAGCUCCUCGGUAAACUCGAAGGUGUCGAUGUAUUCGACAUGAAACCACUCGAGAUCACCAGAUUAGGUACCGUCGAUGAACCCAUCCCCGUAUACUCUUUGUACCCAGAAAGACAAGUUGGUUGUACCGGUUACCCAGCCGAUUCUCACGAUACCAUCUGGCUCAACGUCAACACUGAACUCAAGAACCACCGAUGCCCAGAAUGUGGAUCAGUCUACACCCUCAACUUCCAAGGUGACGAAGCUCUCCUCCACGGUGGUCACCACCACUAA